CUGUGUGCGGAUUGGGUCCAAUCCCAUCGAACUCCGUGGGACUACCUUGCCGAAGUUUUCUCUCCCAGAAACUGAUUUUUCGCUGUAUUUCUCCACACAAGUGUAGUGCAAAGUCAACAAUACAGACGAUGCGAGCGCGGCUCAGUUUCGAGCACCUUUCAGUAUCGUGCUGCUAUUGAAAUAGCGCGGUCACUCUUUUUCAAUUACCUUUCCACCACCAUUCUUGUGCGAUUGCUGCUGAGAAUUUGUCCUCAAAUUGCCAUCUUGUGCAGUGUGAUUUUUUGUGAAUUUUGUCGUGGAGAGAAAUAUACGGUGAAUUUUUUUGGGUGUGGAAAAGUGCGGAGCUUUUUCGCGAGGAACAUUAUUUGUGACUGUAGAAUCUGGAGAAGAAAGUCAUCGGGAAUUCAGUGAUUUACCAGCAAAACUAAGCAAUCAUCAUGAGUCACAUUGUCGGUGGCAGCAGAAAAAUGCGAAUAUGGUUUGUCAUAGCCUUCGCGCUGUGCCUUCUAGUUUUAGGUGUUCUAGUCACAUUUGGAUUCUCAGCUCUAGUUAGAUUAGUUAUUGACCACCAAGUGGCUCUUCGACCGGGCGGACAGUCCUUCGGGUGGUGGUCAAAGCCACCCGUUGAGCCCUUCAUCCGCCUCUACGUGUACAACGUCACCAACGCCGAUGAGUUCCUCAACAACGGCUCCAAGCCCAUCCUCGACGAGCUGGGACCCUACGUCUACUUACAAAAGUGGGAAAAGGUGGAUAUUGUGGAGAAUGACAAUGGAACGCUGAGCUUUAAUGCCAAGAGGGUGUAUAUCUUCAGUGAAGAGCUCUCAGGUGGCUCAGAGGACGAUGUUGUAAUAGUGCCCAACAUCCCCAUGUUGAGUGCAACUUCACAGAGCAAACAUGCUGCAAGAUUCCUGCGAUUGGCGAUGGCCAGUAUAAUGGACAUCCUGAAGAUUAAGCCCUUCGUGGAGGUGUCCGUGGGCCAACUGCUCUGGGGCUACGAGGAUCCACUCCUGAAGCUGGCCAAGGACGUGGUGCCGAAGGAGCAGAAGCUGCCCUACGAGGAGUUCGGCCUGAUGUACGGCAAGAACAGCACCUCACGCGACAGAGUGACCAUUUGGUCCGGAGUGGACGACAUCAGGCGCUACGGCAUCAUCGACAAGUACAACGGAUACUCGCAUCUGCCGCACUGGUCAGAGGAGCGAUGCAACAGACUCAAUGGCUCCGACGGCUCAAUUUUCCCGCCGCACAUCACGAAGAACACCACGCUGUUCGUGUACGAGAAGGACCUGUGCCGCCUCAUGCCGCUCACGUUCGAGAAGGAGGUCAACACGAAGAACAACGUGCCAGGAUAUCGCUUCACGCCCACUGAGGACGUCUUCGCCUCGGUGGAGAACAACCCCGACAACAAGUGCUUCUGCCCCUCGGGACCCCCGUGUGCCCCUCACGGAUUCUUCAACGUUUCAGCUUGCCAAUUCGAUUCGCCGAUUCUCCUGAGUUUCCCGCACUUUUACAUGGCUGAUCAGACAUACAGAGAGGCUGUUGAGGGAAUCUCGCCACCUGAGAAAGAGAAGCAUCAGCUCUACAUCGACGUCCAACCGGAAAUGGGAACAGCGCUUCGGGCCCGGGCUCGUAUUCAAAUCAAUUUGGCUGUGAGUCAAGUGGUGGACAUCAAGCAGGUGGCCAACUUCCCCGACAUCAUCUUCCCCAUCCUGUGGUUCGAGGAGGGCAUCGACAGCCUGCCGGACGAGGUGACGGACCUCAUGGCGCUGGCCAACACGCUGCCGCCCAAGGCGCGACUGGGCCUCAUGAUCGCCCUGUACGCCCUGGGCGCCUUCCUGCUCGUCCUGGCCGUGACGUGCCUGGUGAGGAGUUCGCACCGGCAGAGCACGCUGCAUUUAGAUUCGUCCAACUUCCUCGCCACGGCGUCAAUCGAUCAGGCCAAGAAGAAGUCGAAGAUGGACAACAAAGAGCGAUUUUAACCCAAUUUCGUGUUAGGUAGCCUGUAGGAAUGUGUGUAGGACUCACCUCGAUUUGAGACAUGGAAAACAAAUACAGUAAUUACUGGUGUAUUUAAUUAAGAGUGGUAUUUAAGGUAUUCCAGAUGAUGUGGACAAGUUUUAUAUCUUUUUUGAUAGGGAAAUUCUAAGUGCAAGUGUACAAGAAAUUACCAUACAAUCUCAAUCCUCCUUGCAUCCUUGCAUCCUUGCCCAUCCUGUCCCAGAACAUCUUAUAAAGCAUUCGCACCUUGCUCACUCCAAAGUCCCUCUUUUCACACGUUGCCAUAGUCGCGCCCUCACUUUCCCAAUUUCCAACCCUCAGACAAUGGUAAUUUUCUCCAUAAUUUGUAAAUAAUUUAUAAUUUUUUAUCACACUGUAAAAGCCUAUCUCUAUCGUGUUAGUUAAGAAAACAGGAGAAGAAUAAAUUGACCAUUAAUUGAAUGGUUGAGUGAGUAGAAAACCACGAAGCAAAGUGUUAAGAUCAACACUGUGCAAUAUAAAUCCGUCCAAUCUAAUAAUUACCGUCCAAUUUUUUUCAUAAUGAUUUGUGUCUUUUUUAAA